AGCAGAUGGAGACCGUAUCCCGAAACAGGAUGUCGUGAUGUUGAUCCUGCUUAGAAGAUCAAGUAUUUUUUGUCGACAAGGUGGUCUCGCGCGCUCUACCCUUGACCCGCGGAUAUAAUUCUUUUUGGGGCAUCCAGGUGAGAAGUGGGAAAAUCAAGGAUGAUGUGAUAUCGCCAGAAAAGCAAGGACUUAUUAAAUUGUUGAUGUUGACUUUCAAGCACGGGACCCACACCCGCGCGGCUUAAGUAAGCCGCGCGCCGUUAAUUCUAAAUCACGGCAUCCGUGCAUGAUGCACACUGGGUUUAUGCUGCAGGGUCCACUCCGCCAUCGUAGCCAACCAAGAGCAAGGGCUCAAAAUAGGAAUGUAAGAUGAGAAUAUUGCGAAUGCGGCGCUCGGAUUUUGAGUCUCACCCCCGCGCGGCUUAUAAACUGAUCGCUGAUAUAAGGAUUGAGGGGUUUGGCCUCUGUGAUAAAAUCAUACAGCACUUCUCCUGACCUAUACAUACAACUUGAUUUCAUGAGAUUAUUCUGUGCAAAAUUGCGUUUCAAUACACGAAGCUUCUCGACAUCUUCAAUAAAAAUGGCUACCAAAACCGUUCUCAUUCUCGGAUCAGGUCCACGAAUCGGUGAAGCUGUCUCUGAAAAGUUCGCGGCAGAAGGAUACAAAGUCGCCAUUGUCUCGAGAAAAGGUACAAACUCAGUCAAUGAGAAGGGCUAUCUUUCUCUCUCGGCCGAUUUUGCCAACACCGACCCCAGCGUCUUGGCUUCUAUCUUCGACAAAGUCAAGAGCGAAUUCUCAGCGGCUCCUAGCGUAGUCAUAUACAACGCCGGUUCCAUCACUCCUCCACCUGAUGCAGAAUCAGCCUUGUCCAUCCCAAGUGCUCGCGUUACCAACGAUUUGAACGUCAAUGUUGUCACUCCGUUCAUUGCCGCACAAGAAGCUAUCAAAGGCUGGGAAACUCUACCCGCAGAGAGCAAGAAGGUAUUCAUCUACACAGGUAACAUCUGUAAUGUCGCUGUAUUGCCAGUGCCAUUGUUGUUGAACGGUGGUAUGGGAAAGGCAGCUACUGCCUACUGGCUUGGUGUUGCUGACGGAGCAUAUACAGCCAAGGGCUACCGAUUCAUUUACGCAGACCAGCGCCAAGCUGACGGAAAGAUCGCAGGCCAGGCGGUCAACGGGCCCGCGCAUGCCGAUUUCUAUUCGCAAUUGGCAGCGAGUGGCGCCGAGAAUGUUCCAUGGCAUGCUACAUUUGUGAAGGACCAAGGUUAUACCAAAUUUUAGAUAUCAAUUGGCUUCUUAGCUAGCGCAUGUAAAAUGUCCAAAUAAAAAAUAAAAAUGUUUUAUAUUUUCAAGACAAGUGCUCAAAGCAGACCUAGCUCUUUUUCUUCCAUCUGGUGUCGAUCUCAUUGAAGAUGUUAUCUGUUAACAAAAUUUGUAAUAAGAUGAAUACUAUCGGCUAGAUAGAUCCGAAUCCAUUGGCAUUUGAAUCUAAGUAACGAAAGUAAUAAAG